AUGCAAACUUCCUACUUUGAUCAGCAGAGGGUGGAGAGGGAGAAAGCCCGCAAAGGCCGGGGCCGCGGCGCGCCUCGUCGCCCUUGGCGGGUCCCCGCCCCCUUCCGGAAGGAGCCGCGGGGACGCCGCAUCCUGCACCUUGACCUGUCUAGACGGCCCCCGAGUUUUUGUCCUGGUUACCAAGGGCGAGGGGUGCUCUUUGACCCCCGCGCGGGGCGGAGGUGGUGGCCACAGGGUCCUGAAUCCUCGCUGGAUUCCGGAGGGAGAGGGGCGCGCGGAGACGGGCACCAGCUGUUCCAAAGACGGCGCAGCCGCGCCCGCGAGCCGGGAUGUUCCACUCCCUUAGCCCAGUCGGAGGCGUUUCUCACAGACCUCCUGGACAAAGUGUGUGAGCGGAUGAAUGACUACAAGCUUGAAGACGACCCCGUGACCAAGGAGAAGACUUUCAAGAGAUUUGCUCCCAGGAAGGAGGACGACAUAUACAAAGAAUUUAAAAAAUUCUAUUUUUAUUCAGAUGCUUACAGACCUUUGAAAUUCGCGUGUGAAGCUAUAAUAGAAGAGUAUGAGGAUGAAAUACUCUCCCUUAUCGCCCAGGAGGUGCACCACCUCGCUGACAGGCUGUGCACUGGAAAAUCAGGUCUGUGCAAAACUUCUGCUAAUCAUACUGAGCUCUAGGAAGAACAGGGUUGCUGGGCAGAAAGGAGUCA